CUGAUGCUUGUGUACGAAAAGCACUACGAGAUGGGAAAGCUGAUCAAGCUAGUUAAAGCAAUGGAAGAAAACUUUGAAGACCCUGUGGAUAUAGUUAAAGAAAUCAAGAAAGUGCUUACUUUCGAUGAUCUGCAGAUAGUCGUCUCCAUCAGCAACAACCUCGCAAAAAUCAGGUACGAGAAGGGAAUCUCUAAGCACAUGAUCAAGGCAAUAGAAUACAUGGCAGAAAACACCAGUUUCCUAAAAGGAAAGAACGAAACAAUGGCGCUGGAGAUAGACAAAAGUCUGAAUGGCUUCUACGAAAGCUACAUAACAAACGGGUGCCUAGAAAACACAAUAUACCGCAGAAAAAACGAGAUAACUGAAGAAAUAGCCGGAGACUCUGAGCUGCUCAGCAAAGAGUGCGAGAAAUACAACAAAAAGAGGCUGCAGAAGCUGAUAGAAAUAUCUGGAGCGCGCUUUGAGAACGACGAGCUGGACGAAUCACGCGCCAUCACCUACCUUAAAAACAAAAUAGACGCUCUAGAAUGGAAGCUAAAAAAAGAAGACUUGCAGUCCAAGAAAACCCACGAGCUCCUGUACACCGAGCGCUUCCUCUCUGAAAUAAGCCCGGCCCAGAAGAACUACAUGUUCAGAAAGAUGGAAGAGUUUGCAAAUGCGCGAAAAAUAAAGGUGUUGGAAGCAAGAAAGCCCUUCCUCGCAGAGCUACUUUCAACAAGCAGCAGGCUUCAAAAGCUUAUACUAAUACUGUCAAUCAUUUUUUUUAUAUUUGGAUUUGUCUUAUUCAUAGAAAUCUACAA